AUGAUUGGACUUGCGCAAGGAUGUUUCGAUGCCACUAUACCUUAUCUUCAAGAACGAAAACAGUUUGGAUCCCGGCUCAUUGACUUCCAGGGUAUGCAACACCAAAUUGCUCAGACUGCGGUAGAGAUCGAAGCGGCACGGUUAUUGGUUUACAACGCUGCAAGGAUGAAGAUGAGGAACAUACCAUUCGUCAAAGAAGCCGCUAUGGCGAAGCUUUACUCAUCUCAG